AUGUCAAUCUCCUUCGAAUACCAUUCACCUUCUUCUAAAACGUUUGAUGUGUUGGUUGAAGUUGUUCGUAAUAAGGAUAAGAAAAAAGGCUCAGUGGAGAGUCAAAUAGCUGCAUUACACAAAUCGAUGCAGAAACUACCAUCUGCACCAGCCGAAGUUAAAGCAGAAAAAACGACAAAGGGGAAGGACACGACCGAGACCAAUCAAAAGUUGAUGAUAUUGCACGCGAGACCGUUAAACGAAAAAGAAGAAAAGCGACGAGUGGUGCUGACGAAGACAGUAGUGAAAAAAUGA